AUGGGCAACACUCCUCUUCAUGUUGCACUUAUCCAUUAUAAUGUUAAAGUUGCAAAAUUUUUAUUGGAGAAGGAUUCUUAUUUGGCUCAAAUUGUCAAUAACUCAAAGGAAGCACCACUUCAUCUUGCAAUCAAGCAACUUGUUAAUUAUUCUGAGAGUAAAUCAAUAAUGGCUAGAGUACGAAAACCGAUCAACUCAGCACACCAAGAAGAUAUAAAUGAUAUGAUAGAAGUCAUAAAACUUGUUGAAAAAGCAAGUUUUGUUACAUGUUGGCCUGAUGCAAAAGGUUUGACUCCUCUUCAUCAAGUAGCAUCUCUCAGUAGUCCUCAUAAUAUAGAGUUAACCAAUUUCAUACUCGACAAUUGUGGACAAUCCGCGGAGGUGUGUGAUGCUUCAGGCAAGUCGAUCUUACACCUUUUGAUAGAUAAAAUACCAAACUACCAAGUUAUCGAUGAAACUUUGUUUAGUCGUAGAGAAAUGUAUGCCUUGAGGAAUCAUCAGGACCACCAAGGAAAUACACCAUUACAUAUUGCUGCUAAGAAUAAGGACAUAAAUAUGGUGCGAUUUUUACUCAAAUCAUCACCGAAUCUCAAUGUCAAUAAUAUUGAGGGUACCUCAGCAGCAUUUGUGAUACAUCAACUGGAUGUGCUUCAGGAUGAAAUUGAUGAAGCAGACAGAGUAGACAUAACCAUUCUAAGAAAAAGAAUGAACAAUUUGGGAAAAGAUUUUCUACUCUCAAAAGAUUCAAAGGGAAAAAAUAUCCUUCACGGAAUAAUGGUGAUUAAGAAGGAAAGUUAUGUAAAAAUACACGAGUUUGUGAGUUUCGUUGAACAAGCUCUUGAAUGGGAACCAUCACUCAUUAGUCAAAAGGAUAGUAAAGGGGAUACUCCCAUUCAUGUCCUUGUGCGAAAUCAUCCUGAUACUAAAGUUUUUACUGGUGAUGAAUAUGUUGUCACUUCAUCGCUAAGGCAAUCGGAGCUUUUGUCAUUGUUACUAAAGAAAUGUAAUCAAUGUAUCUGUAAAAGCGAGGCGAUCGGGAAGAAAACUGUUGGUUUGGAUUCACCAUGGUUGUUGCAGAAUGUGGAAGGUAAUACUGCUCUCCAUGAAGCCCUCAAAUCGAAUAAUGAUAACAUCGAUUUGGUGAAGCUUUUGUUAAUGUACGACAAGAAUUCGGUUAAUGUGGUCUGUUGGUAA